GACCUGGGUUUUGGUAAUAAAUAGUUUGCCCUAGAUGGAGUUUUGGUAAAUCCCGAGCUUGCUUAUCAUAUUGUCUUUUUACUUGUCGUUUGUAAUUCUCUUUCUUCUCAGCUACAACAUGUUCACUUAAACACUUUGAAGUGCUGGGAAUCAAUGUCCGAGGACUUCUUUUGAGGCACAUUUCAACUGGGCUAAAUCCAGUACAUUGCCGAGGUUUGUUUCUGAGUUCUAGUAAAGCUUCAAAUGGAUCAUCACCAUUACUUUUAGUUUUCAAUAUUAAGUUCUUCAUUAUCAUUACGGCAGCUUCAGCCUUCCCAUUUGUUCUCGGAUAACCAGGAUCUGAUCUGAUGUUCUUACUGCUGCACAUUGCGUGGUAGAAAAGAUGGCUGAAAACGCUCGCGUAUCUGUCGGAAUGUUAAAUAUAUAUGGUCCACCCAACGAGUAUGAACAAACUCUCUCUGUCUCUAAAAUCAACAUUCACGAAAAUUAUGAAAAUAGGCUGAUAAGAUAUAACCCAUAUGAUCUUGCUGUAUUAACACUGGCAACACCAGCUAGACUUAAUAAGAAUGUGCAGCCUGCCAGAUUCGCAGAGAAUGUUGAGCAAUAUUAUGGCAAGCGCUGCAUGAUGAGUGGCUGGGGUCUAACCAACCGUGAUACAGGAACAAGACCAAACACACUUCAGAAAGCACAAACAACAAUGGUGCCUAACUAUGCUUGCGCCGAUGAAUUGCCAGAGAUCAAAACAGCUUUAAAUGAUGGAAUGUACAUCUGUGUUUAUGACUGGAUUUUUAUGGUAGUAUCUAAACACGCUGGACCUUGUGGCGGAGAUAGUGGCGGCCCAUUAAUGUGUGGACCAAAUUUCGACCAACUGGUUGGAAUAUUAAGCCUUGGAGUAGUCAAUUGUACAUACAUUAAUUCUAUUGGUAAGUUUAGAAAACGCAUUGUCCGCGGAGAAAAUGCUCAAUUGUUUGAAUUCCCAUUUCAAACAGAGCUGCAAAUAAGAAAUUAUGGCUUCUGGGGCAAUGUGUGUGGAGGAGUUUUGGUCACACCAAAUAAAGUUCUUACUGCUGCACAUUGCGUGGUAGAAAAGACGGCUGAAAACGCUCGUGUAUCUGUCGGAAUGUUAAAUAUAUAUGGUCCACCCAACGAGUAUGAACAAACUCUCUCUGUCUCUAAAAUCUACAUUCACGAAAAUUAUGAAAAUAGGCUGAUAAGAUAUAACCCCUAUGAUCUUGCUGUAUUAACACUGGCAACACCAGCUAGACUUAAUAAGAAUGUGCAGCCUGCCAGAUUCGCAGAGAAUGUUGAGCAAUAUUAUAACACGCGCUGCAUGAUGAGUGGCUGGGGUCUAACCAACAGUGAUACAGGAACAAGACCAAACACACUACAGAAAGCACAAACAACAAUGGUGCCUAACUAUGCUUGCGCCAAUGAAUUGCCAGAGAUAAAAACAGUUUUCAAUGAUGGAAUGUACAUCUGUGUUUAUGACUGGAUUUUAUCUAAAUUCGCUGGACCUUGUAACGGAGAUAGUGGCAGCCCAUUAAUGUGUGGACCAAAUUUCGACCAACUGGUUGGAAUAUUAAGCCUUGGAGUAGUCAAUUGUACAUAUCAAAGACCUGCUAUGUAUGUAAAUCUAUCUGUACACCACGACUGGUUGUCAGACAAACUGUAAGGGUCAAUUGAAUAAACUUUUGUGGUCCUCAACA